GUGAUUCACAUUUGACAUCCUUCACAAAAUUUACUAUGGCCUUCUCCUUCUUAUUCAUUACUCACAACUUGUAACUUUUACAAAGACUUGAUUUUUUUUUUUCUCCUCUUCUCUGUUUUGUUUCUGUCUCAAAUCUCUUUUCUCAUCAGAUAAAGUUUCUGUCUUUGUACCCAAGAAUGGCGAAAGAGAACACUGGUACUCAUCACCAAACAGAAGCAAGAAGAAAGAAACUAACUUUGGUUCUUGGUGUAAGCGGACUCUGUAUCCUGUUUUACGUUUUAGGCGCAUGGCAAAACAACAAUGCCCCUGCUUCUUUCUCUAAAAUAGGAUGCGAGACUCAAUCAUCGAAUCCUUCUUCUUCGUCUUCUACCUCUUCCUCAUCUUCUGAGUCAUCUGAAUUAGAUUUCAAAAGCCAGAACCAGGUUGACUUCAAGGAGGCAAACCAAACCAUCAAGCACUUUGAACCAUGUGACUUGUCCCUCAGUGAAUACACUCCUUGUGAAGACCGACAAAGAGGAAGGAGAUUCGAUAGGAACAUGAUGAAGUAUAGAGAAAGGCAUUGCCCUACAAAAGAUGAGCUUCUCUAUUGUUUGAUUCCUCCUCCACCAAACUACAAGAUCCCAUUCAAAUGGCCACAAAGCAGAGACUAUGCUUGGUAUGACAACAUCCCUCACAAGGAGCUUAGUGUUGAGAAAGCUGUCCAAAACUGGAUUCAAGUAGAAGGAGACCGGUUUAGAUUCCCCGGUGGAGGAACUAUGUUUCCACGUGGAGCCGAUGCUUAUAUCGAUGACAUUGCUAGACUCAUUCCUCUUACUGAUGGUGGGAUCAGAACAGCUAUUGACACUGGAUGUGGUGUUGCGAGUUUUGGUGCUUAUCUCUUGAAGAGAGACAUCAUGGCUGUUUCUUUUGCACCAAGAGACACUCAUGAAGCUCAGGUACAGUUUGCUUUAGAACGUGGAGUUCCUGCGAUAAUAGGGAUCAUGGGAUCAAGAAGGCUUCCUUAUCCAGCUAGAGCUUUUGAUCUUGCUCAUUGCUCUCGUUGUUUGAUCCCUUGGUUUAAAAAUGAUGGGUUGUACCUAAUGGAGGUUGACCGGGUUUUAAGACCGGGCGGUUAUUGGAUCCUCUCCGGUCCACCGAUUAACUGGAAACAAUACUGGAGAGGUUGGGAGAGAACAGAGGAGGAUCUGAAGCAAGAACAAGAUUCAAUAGAAGAUGUAGCAAAGAGUCUUUGUUGGAAGAAAGUGACUGAGAAAGGUGACUUAUCCAUUUGGCAAAAGCCUUUGAACCACAUUGAGUGUAAAAAGCUCAAAGAAAACAGUAAAUCUCCUCCGAUAUGCAACACAGAUAACGCCGAUUUCGCUUGGUACAAAGACUUGGAAUCUUGCAUAACACCAUUACCAAACACAAACAAUCCAGAUGAAGCUGCAGGCGGUGCGCUCGAGGAUUGGCCAGACAGAGCAUUCGCUGUUCCUCCUAGGAUCAUCAGAGGAACGGUACAAGACAUCAACGCUGAGAAGUUCAGAGAAGACAACGAGGUUUGGAAAGAGAGGAUAGCUCAUUACAAGAAGAUAAUCCCAGAGCUUUCACAUGGAAGAUUCAGGAACAUAAUGGAUAUGAACGCUUACCUCGGAGGAUUCGCUGCUUCGAUGCUUAAGUAUCCUUCUUGGGUGAUGAAUGUUGUUCCUGUCCAUGCGGAGAAGCAGACGUUAGGUGUGAUCUACGAGCGUGGAUUGAUUGGGACAUAUCAAGAUUGGUGUGAAGGGUUCUCUACGUAUCCAAGAACUUAUGAUAUGAUUCAUGCAGGAGGAUUGUUCAGCUUAUAUGAGAACAGGUGUGAUAUGACGCUGAUAUUGUUGGAGAUGGAUCGAAUAUUGAGACCACAAGGAACGGUGGUGCUGAGAGAUAAUGUGGAGACGUUGACGAAAGUAAUGAGGAUAGCGAAGGGGAUGAAGUGGGAUACUCAGAUUGCGGAUCAUGAGAAAGGUCCGUACAAUCCUGAGAAGAUUCUUGUUGCUAUUAAAACUUAUUGGACUGGUCAACCUUCUAACAACAACAACAACAACUAAUGACUGAUGUUCCAUGUUUCUUGGAACUUCAGUCUCCUUUUUUUCUUCUUUACGAAAGUUCUGUUUUUCUUUCUUUCUCAAAAGUUAUGUUUGAUGACUAGUAGGUUUAGAACCAAACAAUGUUAAGAAGAAUUUAACGAUACUUAAUUUAUGUAUUACUGUUUUUCUAUAUAUAUACUUCAGUUAUUUGGUUCUAUUCUAUUGAUUAAGUGUAAAC